AUGGCAAACAGAACUGGGCUUAACGCUACUCAGGGGCUAGACACUUCUUCUCUACCAGAGGUGUCCCAAUUCCAGGAGGCCGUUGGCCUUUUCUUCAUGGUCCUGCUGAACCUCGUAGCCCUGGUUGCCAAUGUGGCAGUGAUGGUGGUCAUCCUCAAGACCCCUCUGCUGAGGAAGUUCAUCUUUGUCUGCCACCUCUGCUUGGUGGAUCUGUUGUCCGCCAUCUUCCUGAUGCCGCUGGGGAUCAUUUCCAGUUCCUCUUGCUUCAACAGGGUGAUCUAUAGCAUCGCAGAGUGCCAGACCUUAAUCUUCUUGAACAUCUGCUUCAUCAGCGCCUCCAUCCUCACCAUCUCAGUCAUCAGCGUGGAGAGAUAUUACUACAUUGUUCACCCCAUGCGGUACGAGGUCAAGAUGACCGUUGGGCUGGCAGUCACAGUGGUGGUCUUCAUCUGGAUUAAGUCGAUCCUGGUCACAGUCUUGGCGUUGGUGGGGUGGCCUCAAGACAACGGGGCCACAAGUGCCAGUAAGUGCACUGUGUCCUGGAGCCCUGGGGCCCACAAGAAGGUCUUUGUUAUUGUCUUCAGCACCCUCUGCUUCUUCCUGCCUACCCUGGUCAUCUUUGCUGUCUACUGCAGCAUCUACAAAGUGGCCCGGAUUGCCUCCUUGCAGCACGUGCCUGUCCCCUCUUGGACCGCUGCCCCGCGGCAGCGAUCGGAGUCUAUUAACAGCCAAGUCACUAUUAUUACUACCAGAAACCUGCCUCCCAGGCUGUCCCCAGAGCGGAUGUUUGGAGGGGGAAAAGCUGCCAUGACCGUGGUCCUCAUUGUGGGUCAAUUCUUGUGCUGCUGGUUGCCAUUCUUCUCCUUCCAUUUAUACUGCUCCAUUAACUCUGUCAGCCCGGGCAGAGGCCACGGGGAGACAGUCGUCACCUGGCUCGCCUACUCCUCCUUUGCUAUCAACCCUUUUUUCUAUGGGUUACUGAACCGCCAGAUACGGGAAGAGCUGUCUAGGCUGGGGCGGAGCUGCCUCAACAGACCCUUGAGCCAGGAGCUCUGUCUCUCCAGCCCGGAGGGUUCCAUACAGGAGAACUUCCUUCAGUUCCUGCAGAGGACCAGCUGCACACUGGAGACCCGAUCCAGUUAUGUCAACUCUAGCCCCAGGAACACUUUGGACCAGACCAUGAUGGGCUUCAGAAUUCCAGGCCAAAUCCCAGAAGAAACCAACUGA